GGUUGGACAGUUGGUGCCCCCAGAUGAGCCAGCCUGGCAGGUCGUUUUGGACCUUAAAGAUAUCGUCGAACUAGUUGUUGCACCAGUGCACACGACACAAUCCAUUGCUUUCCUUGAAGCCAAGAUUUGUGACCAUAGACAUAGGUUACAAGAGGUGUUUCCGGGUAUAAAGAUCUUGCCCAAACAUCAUUUUGUGGAACAUUAUCCACAGAUGAUCCGGUCUUUUGGCCCACUAGUUGGGAUGUGGACAAUGAGGUUUGAGGCGAAACACAGUUUUUUUAAGCAGGUAGUCCGCCACACACGCUGCUUUAAAAACAUACUCUUGUCCCUGGCGGUGAAGCAUCAGUUCAUGAUGGCAUAUCAUUUGGAGUCAGCCACAACCGAAAAGUCUAGCCUGACUGUCUCAGCUGUUUCAACGGUCUCUGUUGAUAUUUUGCAUCAGGAUGUACAGAAGGUCCUACAGCUGAGAGACCCUGAUAUUGCUCACAUUCAGCUCACAAAGAAUGCAUCUGUUAAUGGAGUGAACUACAGGGAGGGUAUGGUUAUUGCUCAUGGCUCUGCUGGUGGCUUGCCAGAGUUUGCAGAAGUUAUCCAGAUGGUUGUUGUGGAACAGAGCUUGAGCUUUAUUGUUAAAGAGCUGAGUGCUUGGUAUAGGGAGCAUUUUAGGGCAUUUGAGUUAUGUCCCACGUCACAAGUCUCUCUCAUUCAACUUGGCGCCUUGGUAGACCAGUACCCCUUGGCAGAUUACAGGAUUGGAGGACGGCGAAUGGUGACACUUAAACGAUUCAUACACAUAAAAGAUUGAAGAAUGGCACGACAUCUGAAGUUGAGGGUCAUUGUGGACACGGAUGACUGUAGAAGACUUGAUCUCCAUUCAGGAAUGCCAAAAACUCUGACAGAGUUACACGAUACAAUUUGCCAAGCAUUUGGAAUUGAAAGAGACUUUCGUAUUCAGUUCAUGGAUCCUGACUUCAAUAAUGAUUUCAUGAAUGUUACAUCAGUACAAGACAUACAGGACCGAAGUACGAUCAAGGUGGUGUACAUACUUGAUGAUGUGGGUUCGAGUCCAUCUUCUUCAGUGCAGAAUGCUCCCAGCACUCCUGGAUCAUCUGGAGCACCAGUAAGCAGGCAAACAUCUUCCAGUGUGUCGUCAUUAUCCUCAACAAACUCGGAUAGCACCAUUAUUCUGCCACGUACAGACACUGAACUGAGAACACGUGCAUGGCCACGCAAAUUCCCCAUUCCUCUCUUUCCAUACAAUGUAGAGGUGCAGCUUCGACGUGGAAAUGAGAGCUUCAGAGAAACUGGCACUCGACUGCAGAUCACACCAGGGCUGAAAUCGGACAUCUUGGAGAAGCUAGCCGAGGACAUUUUCCAGUAUACGGCAUAUCCACAAAAUCUCCAAAUAGAGGAGGUAGCAGGGGCACUCGUCCAAAAAUGUCCCUGUUUGAAAGAACCAUCUGCCACUGGUUACUAUGGCUGGAUGAUUAGCCUAAAAUAUAAAAUGGCUAAUUACAGGACAAAGAUGCGAAACCUUGGCUGUCCAGAAGUGACUGUAAAUGCUUUGAAAAACAAAUCAAGUGAUGAAUGCAUCCCAGCCAAAAAUGUAAAGAAACCUAAAAAGGCUGAAGUCAACUAUUGUCCUUCACACCCUGCUGGCGAAACAGAUGAAAGCCUAGAAAAUCUGAGACUUGAACUAUUGAAUGAUGUCAGACAAAGAAGCAAUGCACCGUGUGUAAAACAGAAGAUGUCCAAAACAUUCUCCUACAGAAGAAAAGAGGUGGUGCAGGGAAAUCUAUCUGCUGGAGAGUUCAAAGCCAGGUGGCCUGCACUUUUCCAUAUUGAUGAGAUACAUGCUGAAUUCCAGCGCAUAUCAACUAUCCCACUUGAAACGGCCUUCAUGGCGCAGUUGGACAGCCAUCUACCUCAGCUGACAUCUGUCUUCCAGAAGAAGGGAGGAGUUGUUGGCCAGAAACUAGCCAAACAUCUGGCGAUUUUGCAAAAGGUAAAUGCAACAAGUGAUGUUAACCUUAAAAGGGAAGCAAUCCUCAAGGCACUUUGCAUCCACCUUGGUGAGGAUGAUGGACAUCUCAUUCGGGAGUAUAUGGACAUCGGAGGAGAUGACAUCACCAGAGACCUGCAGAAAUCUACCAUGGGCGUAUACGUCAUCAACAAGGAUGGUGGAGAACCUGGACAUUAUGACGACGUUGGGAUUUUUGUUGAAGGACUAAUCAUUCUGGACAACAUUGGAUCUGUAGCCCGAGCUUGUGCCAUCAUGCUGGGAGUCAUCUAUACACUGAACAUGGCUUACCCCAAAGAGCUAAGGUACUACUAUGAAUUCAUUCAGAAAGUGCUCUUGCAAAUGGAUGGUGAAAGGCUUUCCCCCAAAGUCCUUGGACUGAAGAACAAGAUACAUGCUGGACUGUAGGAUUUCUUCAGCCGCUCUUGUGAACCGAUGCCACUAAAGCAUUACAAAAACACCAGUCAAACCUCAAAGGUUGGGAGAAGAAUGUGGAAAUGUUGAUGGACUUAGAAGACAUGUAUUACAUGUAUUAAUGUGUAGGUUAUAUUCUCCUCAGCUGUGUAAGUCACAUGCUUCAUGUUACGUCAGGAUUUAUUCUCUGUCUGUUUCCACUGCACUUUGUUGCAUUUCGUUUUUAUCGAAACGGCAACUUUUUCUACCUUAGCCAAGCGUAAAACAUUUUAUUUUUUAUAUUGGCAAUUUACAUCUAUAGUU